AUGGAGAAGAAAGAAUCAACAGUUUCUCACCCAAAGGAGGAUACCAGUCAGGGAGAUGUGUUGCCUUAUCGAGAGACACAGCGUGGUCUGGCUUCCAGACAUGUACAGUUGAUGGCUAUUGGAGGUUCGAUCGGGACGGGGUUGUUCGUCGGCAUUGGAUCCUACCUGCGUGAUGCAGGCCCGCUCUCUCUUUUCCUGGGGUAUCUUGUCUGGGGAUGUCUUUUCAUCUUACCCGUUAAUCUGUGCGUCGGAGAAAUGGCCGCGUAUCUUCCUAUUCGUGGAUCGAUCUUCGAGCUUGCUGCCCGGUUUAUCGAUCCGGCUUUUGGUUUUGCUAUGGGCUGGGUAUACUUCUACGGUGGUGUAAUGCUUGUCUGUACAGAGUACUCUGCCGUUGCGACUGUCAUGGGAUACUGGGAUAUCGGGGUCAAUCCCGCCGUUUGGGUAGCCAUGGCGCUGAUAGUGUGCACUGUGCUCAAUCUCGUGGCUGUCAAGUGGUACGGCGAGAGUGAGUUCAUCAUGGCAUCGACCAAAAUUUUCCUCCUCAUCGGACUCGUCCUCUUAACAUUCAUCACGAUGGUUGGCGGAAACCCCCGACACGACGUCUACGGCUUUCGAAACUGGACUGACGGCGUCAUGUUCGAGUACUAUACCGAUGGCGACACGGGUCGAUUCUUGGGAUUCUUCAGUGUGAUGGUGUAUGCUGCGUUUUCCGUGGCUGGACCAGAUCUCCCAGCACUGGCAGCGGGAGAGAUUCAAAACCCACGCGUUACCAUUCCGCGCGUCGUGAAAAUGACAUUCUGGCGCAUUGUGGGAUUCUACGUCGUUGGUGUCCUCGCCGUCGGCAUCAUCUGCAACCCUCGUGAUCCCCGCCUCAUGUCCGCUAUCACCGAUGGCGCAUCUGGAUCGGCUGCGUCGCCUUGGGUAAUUGGCAUCCAAAACCUGGGUAUUACCGGCCUUCCGGAUCUCAUUAACGUGCUCAUCCUGCUUUCUGGAUGGUCCUGUGGAAAUGCAUACCUCUACAGCUCUAGCAGAACACUUUACUCUCUUGCUCGUGAUGGUCAAGCACCCAAGUUCCUCCUGAAGUGUACUGCUUCGGGCAUUCCUAUCAACUGUGUUCUUACGGUCUCGGUCCUGUCAUGCAUCACCUUCCUUGUGGCUAGCACUUCUUCCGUUGAAGUCUUCUACUGGUUCGUCGACUUGACCACCAUUGCCUUUGUUCUCACAUAUACCGGCAUGCUCUGUGUCUUCAUUGCCUGGUACCGCGCCAUGAAGGCGCAAGGAAUCGACAGAAAGACAUUCGUGCCCUGGGCUGCACCUUUCCAGCCAUACGGUGCCAUCCUCGCCGUUGGCAUUGGCUGUCUGACAGCCUUGUUCAACGGGUUCUCUGUCUUCAAGCCCUUUACCGUACAAGGCUUUAUCACAUCCUAUUUCGGUCUGGCAUUCUGGUUCGUCAUGUUCGUCUUCUGGAAGGUCUACCACCGGUCUUCAUUCGUGUCUGUCAUCAAUGCGGAUCUGCACUCUGGAAAGGCAGAGGUGGACGAAGAAUGCAAGAUAUGGGAGGAAGGGGGUUAUGAGGAGCGCCGGAAGGCGGAACUGGCCCAGAUGAAUUGGGUACAUCGGGCAUGGGAGAAGAUGUGGUGA